CCGGACGCAGGUGCCAGCCGGAGCGAAGCGAGCGGCGCUGACUGGCCGGGCCGGGCCGGGACCCGGGCCAGGGCGAACGGUGGGGCCUGCGCGGCCGCCCGGCCCGGCCGCGGAUCAGGUAGGCGCGAGACAACGGUUAGGGCCCGAGGACGCAGGCUCCUGGGACCAUGGGCCUUGGGCCCUGAGGACACAGGGCUCCCUGUGGCCAUGACGACAGGCGACUGCUGCCACCUCCCUGGGUCCCUGUGUGACUGCUCAGGCAACCCUGCCUUCUCCAAGGUCGUGGAGGCCACGGGCCUCGGGCCCCCACAGUAUGUGGCGCAGGUGACUUCGAGGGACGGCCGGCUCCUCUCCACCGUCAUCCGGGCCUUGGACACACCAGGGGACUGUCCUUUCUGCCGGAUUUGCCAUGAGGGUGCCAAUGGGGAGAGCCUGCUGUCUCCAUGUGGCUGUGCGGGCACACUGGGCGCUGUGCACAAGAGCUGCCUGGAGAAGUGGCUGUCCUCAUCCAACACUAGCUACUGCGAGCUGUGCCACACGGAGUUUGCGGUGGAAAAGCGGCCCCGGCCUCUCACAGAGUGGCUGAGGAACCCAGGGCCGCGCACGGAGAAGCGGACGCUGUGCUGCGACAUGGUGUGCUUCCUGUUCAUCACGCCGCUGGCCGCCGUCUCGGGCUGGCUGUGCCUGCGCGGGGCCCAGGACCACCUCCGGCUGCACAGCAGGCUGGAGGCCGUGGGCCUCAUCGCCCUCACCAUCGCGCUGUUCACCAUCUACGUCCUCUGGACGCUGGUCUCCUUCCGCUACCAUUGCCAGCUGUACUCCGAAUGGAGGAGGACGAACCAGAAAGUCCGCCUGAAGAUCCGGGAUGCGGACGGCUCCGAGGACGCCCACCACUCCCCGCUGGCGGCUGGACUCCUGAAGAAGGCGGCAGAGGAGACGCCCGUGUGAAGCCCAGGGCGGGCGGGCGGCCGAGGCCGCUGGCCGAGCCCUGGUGGCGGGCGGGACGGAAACCGCCGAGCUUUCCUGCGCCUCCCGAAUGCUUCUCGGGCCCAGAGCCACUUCCGGCGGAGCGUGGCCCGCGAUCCCACGUGAACACAUUUUCAGGGUUUUUGCACACUGUUGGACCGGACAGGCUAGACGGACGCGGCCCUGAGCUGCACACGGAGCGCGCGCCCUGCCUCGGUCUGAGGCGCGCCCGCUCCCCGCCGGUAGCCGGCGGCCGUCGGGGUGCCCUCGCCGGAAGGUCCCAGCAAGCUGCCCGCGCUGCUCCUCCGCAUCCGGCAGGCUCGCUUUCCCGGCACCUUUGACUUUCUAAAGUUGCACUGCGUUUCAAAAAACCACCCCUGAAUGAAUAAAAGGAGCCCUUGCUGGACAAAAGGGACGCGUCAGU